UCUUAGCACAUACUGGAGUGAACGUCCUGACAAGACACUCACACUGGCUCUGGACUGUGGGGCGGCUCUCUGCAGGCCAAAUACUCAGGAGAGGACACCGCUGCUACAACCGGAGCAGAUAGCGUGCAUUAGAAUCAAGAUGGAGACUGCUCAGGAACGCAAGCCAAAGAGACCCCACUACAUUCCCCGACCGCCAGGCAAGCCCUUCAAGUACCAGUGUUUCCAGUGUCCUUUCACCUGCAACGAAAAGUCUCACCUCUUCAACCACAUGAAAUACAACUUGUGUAAAAACUCAAUCUCCUUGGUGUCACAGAAAACCGGACAAACAGCUCGACAGGUCAAGGCUGCGGCAAAGGGAGUCCCUGUCAAAUCUAAGGAUUGUCCAAGCCCCCUGCAAGCGGUUCAGAACAACAGUUCUGAGAAACAGAGAGCUGAGGAGAACAAAGCUGAGAGCAAAGAAGACACAGAGGAAGUAGACCAUGGGUGUGACAGUCCAGUCAAUAAAGACAGCCAGAAUGUGACAAAACCAAACACAGUCACAGAGAGAGAGAACAGGGAGGUCAAUGAGGCAAAGGCUCUGCCGCGCCCAUCUGCCUUCUACCCUGUCACGCCCAACCGUGAAGGAGCAGAUGCCUUCAAGUCAUCUGUGGAGCAGUCAGAGGAUUCGCAAACUCCUGCUCCCACCUUCAAUCAUCCAGGCUUCCCAUGGGGCACGAUUUCAUCAUCCAUUCCCUUAAAACCAUUACCCCCUCCCAUGGUUCCCGAAUACUCUGCUUACCUCCUGCCUGACAGGCCCCUGUAUCCAUCAUACUACCUCCCAGGAAAUCACCAUGUGAAUGAGCCAAACUCUCCUUCUUUCCGGCCGGAGUUUCUGGAUCCCCAGAGGCCUUUGGUGCCACAACCCAUUGCCCCACCUCACACUUCACUCUUUCCUGCAUAUACAUACAGAUACUGCCACCCUCUUCACCCACCACCCCCUCUCCAUUAUAACCUGUACAGGCCACAUGAGCUCUCCAUACCACUAACAGGACCCAGAUAUAUUCCUCUAGAUUUAUACAGCCAGACCCUUGGGCCUAAAGACUAUGACUUUUACAUGCAUUCACAUCCCAGACACAACGGCUUCAAUGCAUCUACACAAGAGCAGAGCAACAAUGACCAAAGUGGAGACAAAGCAACCAGGGAAAGCCCUAAAGCGGGUUGUUCAGCCUUGGGGUCCCCUGACAGACCCAGCCAUGCACAUACCAUCCAGAGAGACACAGAGGCCCUGCACAACAACAGCACAGGUGAGCCACAGACAACUAGCCAACCAGAACACACAGCUACAGCUGUGCAACCCAUCAAAAAUGACUUGAGACAAGAGGAGUCUCCUGAAAGCUUCCUGCAGUCAAGAACCAUAGAUGGAAGGUCAGCUGAGAACAGCAGAUGUUCCUCCAUGUCUGUCUCUGAGCCAUGUCCUGAAAGUACAUCAGAACAGGAUGAUGAGGACAGCAGAGACAAUCUGGCUCCCCUCAACCUCUCAACGAGAAGACAGGAUAAAGAAAAAAGUCCCUCUGACCACAGACUGAGGUGCUCAAACACAGAGAACUUCAAGGGUGAUGAGCUGCCUCUGAACCUCUGCCUUCGAGCUUCUCACAGCAGCCCGAGGCCAGACGCUGAGCUGGAUGAAGAACCAUGCGACCAGAGGCAGACUGCAGCACUGGCACUCUGUCAGCUAGCCAGUGCAAGCUCUGCUGCCUCCUCAUGUGACUUCAGCACCGCAGGUGGGCCCUUAAAGGAAGCCACAGACGCUAGAAGUCCUGGCUCUCCAGAGAAGACAAAGCACACAACCAAGGCUAAGGCAGGUGGCAUGAAAAGAGCAAACCGUGGCCAGACCGAAAACAAGUGCCAUACACCAAACAAGAAAGCAAAGGCUCCAGCACGGGUUCUGAGGAGGAGGCCUCGCUGAUGCUAACAACUAAACUGACUAAUAAAGACAGAAUAUCUCCCACCUUUACUACUGCAAGCCUCAACGUGAAAAGAUCAAAUUACUGAACACUGAUGUUAAUUAAGCACUGAAAGAUUUGAUUAUUGUAGCAGGAGCAGAUGUGACAUGCCUACACUAACUAUCACAAGGUCACUUGUAAAAUAAAAAUAAUAAUAGAAUUUGUUGUUACAGUAUGUGUCUAUUAUGUCUUGUUCUCACACUUCAUUGGAAAAGGUGAAAAUUAAUUUUUGUAAGGGUUGUUAAUAUUUAAAUUUUUUUGUAAUGUAGAAAGCUGACUCUGGAAGAUGGGGCCAUGUAAAUGUAAACAUUGUAAAUAAAGUAGUAACAAAAAUUGACUACAUGGACUACUGCUUACAGUAGUCCAUGUAUCUUAUAAUAAAUGUUCCAGUGUGAAUUUGUGGACACAUACCAUCUGUCAAUCUGGAAGGCAGUAGCAGGCCUCUCCUACCAAGUUCUGCCAAUGCCAGGCAGCCUCCAUGCCAAGCAUUGUCCGUUUCCUGGAAGCUUGAAAAAUAACACAACACAGGUCAAAAUAUAGAACAUGUUUCUGGAAUAUGGUGCUGCUUGAAAAAUAGUCCCUGUGUGAGAAGUAUUUUGAAAAAAUACUUCUCACACAAUUUCUUAUAUAUAUAUA